AGCUCGGGCAAGUCGGCGGCAUCAGCCACAGAUCCCGGCCAAUCAGCCUAUCAGGAUGUCUGCAGAGCUAGCAGGCGCCACACGUGGCAGACACUACCAAAAAAUACUGCGUAUCUCCUGAUGGGCUCAUCAAUUGAGCUCCAUACAAGUCUAGAUUACCACCUACAACCCGUUGGCCUAAUUCUCUCUUUUGCCAAUUUCCUCCCAAGGCAGGAGAAAGCCGGACGAGGACCUGCCCGCGAUGGCAAUAAGUACCACUCCGCGGAGCGUCUCGGACGCCACCCGCUUCACCUCGACAACCCCCCAUGCUUCGUCCAAAUCUUCCGCAGCAAACUCGUCGGUGCCGUCAGACUCCAGGUUCUCACGCCCAACGGCUGGACCUGGACGGAUACCCGGCACGCCAGGCUCAUCGGGUGCACCGGGCAGCGGAGGCCCGGGUGGACCGUCGGUCCCGCCGUUUGGAGAGACACCAGAGCAGCGGGUAGCCCGGUUAAGAGCCGCACAUCUUGCCGCGAAGAAGGCUCAGGUGUCACGGUUCGACCAGGUCAUCGCGAGGGGAAGAACCUUGUUCGACUCGGCGCACAAGAUGACGGUGCUCGGAUUGCUCGGGCUGACCGCCAUCGCCGGCCUGAUGACCGUCUACACCGCCACCGACAUGAUCAUGUACAACCGCAAGCGCAAGGCCGAGUUCCUCGAGGCCCAGAAGCAGAUGGCCACCGACAGUCUCGAGGCCGCGCGCAUCGCCUACAUGCUCGGCAAGGCCACCGAGGACCAGAUCGCCAUGGUCGACGAGGCGAACGCCCUCGAGGCCGGCGCCCAACCCGGCGCCCUCAGGGCACCCAGGAUCCUGGGGGCUCCGACGCCCGCCCACCCACCACCAGCAGCAGCGACGGCGGCGGUGGCGGUCGAGCGGGCAUCCCCCCCUGCCAGGGAGGAGAGUGCUCAAGAGGGCCAGGAGGAGAAGAAGCAGGGCGGCGGCGGCGGGCUCCGGGCCUGGCUGUUCUCGAACCUGCGCAAGGAGGAGGAGGGCGAGGAGGUGGGCAGCUCGCAGCGCCGCCUGGGCUGGGAGAGCCUGAGCGAGGAGGACGUCGGCGCCGGCGUGCGGGACAGCGACCUUGCGCGCGCCGUGGAGGACAAGCAGGCGUACCUGCGCGAGCAGGCGCGCGGCGCGUUCGAGAGGGAGAGAGAGAACCAGCGCAGAGGCGGGCCGCUGGAUCGGGUCGGCGUCGUCGAGGGGCAGACGACCGAGGUCCCAAGGGCGGAUCCGCCCAAGAAGAAGGGCUGGUUGUGGUAGGGAGUGUGGCUGCCUGCCUGCCUUGCUAAGGGCGGGGCGGGGAAUAGGUGGUUCAGGCAAGAAAAAAAGUAAAAAAGAAUUACAACCAACUUGAGUCUAUCGACGACUCAGCCGUCCAGCUGGCGCGGGGGAAGGGGUGGUCCUGUGACGGUGCCUAGAAGGGACCACAAUACAAUGUACCAUAGUGUAAUCGGAUCUGCAUCAAAAGGCGUGACGGAAGGUGCAUGGAUAUAGACCUACUACUUAACCUGACCAUUGAAAUGAAACAAGCCUGCUCUUGCAUUAGAA